CUAGCUCUUAACGUAUCUGGUUCCUACUUCUAGCAAAACCAUAGAGAGAUCCGAAAUAAGCAGCCAUUGCAGACCAACUUGUCCUUCAAAAUGCUUACAAGAUUGCUUCCCGUCUCAAGACUAGCAAUUAAAAAUGCUCUUGGUAGACAAUCUGUUAGAAAUAUGGGUGGUCACAUGUCUGAAAGAGAAAUAGCUGUAAUAACAAAAACCACAAUGGAUGACUUACCCCAGCCUACAGGAUCCUGGCAGGAGGGAUAUCAAGCUAAAUCAAGAAAACAAAACAUGAUGCUGUUAGGAAAUGUUCUGGCAUUUGUCCUUAUUCAUUAUGUGAUGUUAGCUGAGCCUGUAACCCGUGAAACAUUGUCCUAUCCAGAUCACAGAACAGUGGAAGUGGAUUGGGAUACACCUGAUAUACCACCAGUAGAAGUAGUUAGCGAUGAUUAAUAAUCCACAGAAACAAUGUUGUUGUGUUAAAGACAAUAAUUUCUAUCUUAAGUUUAUAUGGUAAUAAAGUGUGACCAAGAACAUUGUU